AUGGAAAAUGUAUUGGCUGCGAAUAAGAAAAAUUACUGGGGGCGUGUUUUGGCCGUCAACCCUAAUGGCCGUGUGAGCCGAGUGCUCCCGUCCACCCGCACUAUAAAUAACACAUACCAGCAGCAACGCGACCCUAAACCGCUGCCGAGUCACCUCACCAUGUCUGGUACUGGCUCCAGAGCUAAACUGCUGUGCAAGAAGAAGGGAGAGAGAGGGGGGAUCCUGCAAUGCCGUGAUGGAUCUGUUUGUGGCCUCCCGCGCACUUUAGACCUCGCAAGAUGGCCGCCACACCAGCCCACAUGGCUCACAGUCCCCUGCAUCCGCGGCAGAAAGUGAAGCACAGGACAGCCCUGGCGAAACCUCCCAGAUCCUACAGAAACUCUUGGAGGUGAAAAAUUAUCUGUCUGGGGAAAUUGCCCACAGCUCCAGGGAAGUAAAAGUUGAAAUCCAAGCUUUAGAUGCACGCACCUCUGACCUGGAACACUGCAUGGAAAUGGUGGUGAGAGCACAGAACACAGCAGUGACACAUGUUAACUACAUGGCCCAGCAACUGGAUAUUUUCAUGCAAGGCUGUGACCUUUCAAACCGUUCCAUGCUCAAUAAUCUGCACAUAAGAGGCCUCCCGGAAUCUCCCAAUGAAGGGCCUAUAGCAGUGAAGCUUGAAGAUUUCUUCAAAGAACUACUACCCGACAUACCGUAG